UUUGGUGAAGUUAUCUAUCUAUUCAGCAUGUCUAAUCAGCUAUUUUUUUUAAGUUUAGCCGAUAUAUUUUCUGUGUACCCCACAAUAUUUAAAGAACUGGUUUUGCAACGAGAAAAGCCUCAACGAGUAUUUUUACCAAGUGACCCUGACUGGCAAGAAAAACUCUAUUACAGACUUCUUGAAAUACAGAAAAUAGUUAAUGAAGCUGUGGAGAGUGGCAAAGCAUUCGAGGAAGUUAUGCGAAGGAAAGACAAAUCUGUAUUUGAUUUAAAUAUUAUAAAAAUAUCUCCCUCAACAUCUCCAAGCGACUUCCGAAAGGAAACAUCAAAAACUUGCGGUUGGUUAUCGUAUAAGGUAAAUACUAAGCCAAAAAAUUUAUGGACUUUGGAUAUUAUAUCGAAAGCAGCUAAACUCUUAUCGAACCCACCAGAAUUAGUUGAGUUUAGAAAUGAACAUGAAAUGAGGAAAAUUUAUUCGCUAAUAUAUGACGUUUUUCGUUAUAAAGUUGUAUUAAAUAAUGCUUUAACAGACGUUGCAUUUUAUACCAAUUUUCCAAAGUUUUUUAACGAUAGAAACCGAACCUGUUUAAUGCUCUAUGAGCUAUUGGAUCGAAACUUUAAGAAACGUCCAGCUGAACAAGUUGAGUUGCAGCUUCGUCUCUAUCAGGAAUCGCAAGUCCAAGAACUUGCGGAUUGCUUAUGGAACUCUCGUAUUGCAUUGUCUGCUUCAAUAUCGCGAAUGCGUAUAUGACAUGGAGCUCUUAAACUAUCUCAACUUUUACCGAUUCAUUUAAGAAAUGAGAAAGUAGCAAAAGCCGCAUCCAAUCCGAUUGUCACUGGAUGGAUAAACCCGUUUCUUAUUCGAAAUAAAACUGCUGCAAAUAAGCUUCUUGUUGAUAUGGGCUUUGAAGUGAUACGCAAUUGCAAAGAUAAGCCGCUUCAAAUAAUGCAAUGUACGUGGGAUAAUAUCUGUCCACUUUUCAUAUCAUGUUUUCCAGAAGAUCGAGGCGACUUUACAAAAUCCAUGUUUAUGACUAAACAUCUUUUUAUCAUGCAGGACAAAACUUUUUCAUAUGGGCCAGCAAUAAUGUCAAAACUGUUGGAUUACUACGAAUUAGAUGGAGAUAUAUUGCAAACGCAUAUUUCUUCCCCAAGAGCCACAGCAUAUCUUGCGUCACUAUUUUAUUCAGUUAAUCGUGUAAAUAAUUUUUAUGUAUAUGGAGCCGGUUCUUCCCUAAGAGAAUAUAGGAAAUAUAUGGAGCAACUUAAUAUUUCAAAUAUAAGAAUUUUUGCAGAAUCGUUUAGUUCAUUCCCAUUAGAGUCGAACAGAUUUGCCACAGUAGUGGGUAUUUUCGCUAAUCCGCCAAACUCAUAUUCAUACAUUUCUGAUCCAAUAGAUUUAAUAUGUUCACGCGGAGGGGAUCUGAGCAUGUUGGAAGUGCUAACAGAAUCAGAAAUAAGUGAUGAGGGCAAACACAGAGUUUCCCUAAUAUUAGAAGAGCAGUUGCAUACUUUACAAAUGGCGAUGUCGAGAUCUCAUACGCAAUUUAUUUUAUAUCAAACACAUUCAAUUGUUGAUUCUGAAAAUCAGGACAUGGCCAAUUAUGUGAUUGAUUUAAUCAAUAAAAUAGCUUUGGAAAAGCAUCAAAAUGUUUAUAGAGAAAAGAAACGAUUGGAGGCAAUAGCGGAAGCAGAAGCAGCCAAUAUACCCUCAGCUGCUAUGACAAGUUCAUCCCCAAGAAAAAGAGCUGAUGAUAAAACUGAAAACUCAGUAAAUGGACAUGUUGAAUCCAAAAACGAAAGUGUAGAAAAUGUCGUCGUGCCAGAUAUUGAUAAAUUUGUUUCCGACAGUAUACCUGAUAUCUGCGCUAAUCAGGAUAAUUGUCUCAAACAACAGUCGGGAUGCUUUUUUUCUCUUAUAAAAAGACAAAAUAUAACACAGCUAAAUGCAAAAUUCUUAAUAAAAAUGGCAGAACAGCGAGGUCUGUUUGGCAAAGUCGAUAAAACCAAAUCUGAAAAGAGUAAAAUGAAAGUACCAGAAUCUAAAAUAGAAAACGUAACACAACUGGAAGAAUCAACCAAAAUAAAAAAAGUGAAAUCCACAAAUAUUUUGGACGUAAUAAAUAGAUUGACGCAAAAUACAAACGCCAGUUAUAUAAGAUCUAAUUUAGUUAAGGCAUCUCUACAAAAGUGUCCCUUGAAUUUCAAUUUCAAGAAAAGAGUUUGUUCCAGAUAUAUAAAUAAUUCGAGAAAAAGAAAGAUUCUAAAAACUUAUAAACUUAACAAAAUUAGUUGGCAAUAUGUUAUCGAACGAAUUCUUCAGAAAAAAUUUACAUUGUAUAAUAAAAAUGUGAUGAUAAAUGGAAAAAAUUUAACAACAAUUCCAAAGCUUAAACUUAAGUCCAGACAAAGACGCCCAAUGCAACUCCAAGUCCAACAUUUAGAAUUAUAUUUGUAACUUCUGAAACCGUAUCGAAACUUCAAUUUUGUUAACUGAUGAGUACAAAAGACAUUUGAAAAGGAACAAUAUAUGGGUAAUCACACCAUUUCUACUUGUAAUUGCACUAAAUACUAAAAACAUCAACCUGAUUUUAAACUUAAAGCACAUUUAAACGAUAGCCGGGUCCCAGAGUAGUUUUGGGAAAUGAACAAGUUGAUGAGCUAGCCAGAACUGCAUCGAAAACUGCUUUCCAAGGCCCUCAACCUGUUUGUGGGUUGAACUAGGCCGGUACAAAACAAAUUAUCAAGAAGUGGGAAAAUCAUAUGCGAGUACUGGGAAGACUUCUCAGAACUUAGGCAAAGCAACGCACUGACAAAACCGUACUUCUACAAAAACAUUCUUAAAUUCUCAAAAUAUAAUUUAAGAGUAAUAACGGGUUUCAUAAAAGGUCAUUAUGGCCCGAAAUAUCACCUUCAUUAACUACGAUUAUCUGCUAAUUCGGAAUGCAGAUGAUGGAAUUUCUGUCAUCAGAACAGAUUACAAGCUCUUCUCUAGAUUAAAUCUGGACUUUGUUCACAAAAGUUUAAAGGGCUAUGUGUAAUCAAUAGUGAAAUUGGUACAAUAGGACUCUUCUGGCCGUAAUACCGGCUGUUGGACGAUUUUACGUCAAAACUUUCAAUAAAUUUAAUAAACGAUUGCGAAUUUCUUGAGGACGGGAUGUCAAAUUAACGUAAAAUCGAACACAAUGGCGUUCUCAAUGCACAUAAUAAUUUAAUAUAGAGUUUAGAUUUGGAGAAUAUAGAGUUCUAAAGUAGGUUUAAAGCUUGAUCUCGUUUUUGAUCGAGCUUGAAAGCGGCUUGAUCAUUAUGGUGAAGCACAAUAAUGAACAUCAAACAUAUAGCGAUGAAACGCUAAAACCAUUCGAAAUGGACAUUUAUAAUUAUUUUUUUAAAGGAAUGAAUACGAGGGCUUCAUUAAAGGAAUGGCUUGGGGCUUAAAACUUUUGAAAAAUAUUUAUUAAUCUCAUUUUCUUGCCUAUGCUGUACAAUGCGAAUAAAAAUAAGUUAUAACUUCUAAAAAAUCCAAAACCAUUAAACUUAAUAAAAUUAAAUAGCCCUUUUUCAAUUGGAGUAAUCAGUUUGAGAUCUUAAACUGUAGAACAGACUUUAUAUAUUAAUUCCAGAACGCACCAACGUGUUAUAAUAAUAUAUUGAAAGAGCCACAUUUUAAAAUGAAGAAUUAAAUGUAGAACUCAUAUAAAAAUAAUAAAAAUACCCAUUAAUGCUUUAACUACGUUUUCAGAGGUCGAGCCCAAUGGAUGAUAUGUAAAAUUUUUAUGUAUUUGCAAAUUAUCGGCAGUUAUAUUCUUGACUAAAUAUCUCAUUUCACUUUUGUAUUUUAUUAUAGCAAAUGCAUAUUACCCAAAAAUUUCAGUAAAAUCCGAACAAUAGACUA